AUUUUAUGCACAAGCAAUUCAUGUCGUUUCAUUAGGAAUCGACGUCUCUUGUGGAAGAAGAGAGAGAGAGAGAGAUAGAACAAUUGGUCAAGAGCAAUUUCUCAAAAGAGAUAUGUUGUUUUAUUGUUAUGGCUAUUUACAUCCUAUCCAACUGAGACCACAAGGGCAGCGUUGUGUAAAAAGUAUUUAUACGAGAUAUAGUUGUAUCCCUUGUUUUCACAGACGUGGUUUACGAACCUCUCAACUUAAUCGUUUGGGGUUCAAUAGUAUAGAAAUUCUAGCUUCCCACCAAGAAAAAGACCCCGAAAAGUCAACUAGCUCCAAGUUUUUUGCUUUAGAAACUAAUGGAGAUGUAUUAAAGUUAGGAGCCGUUGUUACUGGAUGUUCUUUUCUUUGUUAUUUGUUGUUGCAACAUGUUUUUCAAUUAUCAGAACAAACUGCUGGGUUGGUAACCACUGGAUUAUUAUCUGUCUUUGGUAUGGGCAUUUGGACCUUGUCUUAUUUUGCUCGGGUUGCCAACAAAGAGAUGACAUACGUUCAACAGCUAAAAGAUUAUGAAGAUAAAGUUUUACAGAAGCGUCUAGAUGAGCUUUCAGAAACAGAGUUGCAAUCGUUACUUGAUGAACUGAAAGAGAAACCUCCUGGCAUCACAAAGUAGGAUAUUUGUACAAUUUAUAUAUAGAGAGCCUUUUUCUUUUACACACAAGUAUCACCAGUUUGAAAUUGUGUUAUCAUGAUCACUUAUUGAACAAUGUUCUUUAAUAAAAUGGUUUGAUACGUA